AAGUGCAUAGAAACGAUUUGGUUUGCUAUAACUUGUUCCGUCGUAAGAAAAGGCAGGAGUUGAAAUCGAAGAAGCUCUGCUAUCACAAAACCCUCCACAACCCUUCUUUAUUGCACCUCCCCAUAUCUUCUCUCCCAUCCUUUAACAAUGGCGGCUGCCCGCAGUGCGAUUUUGAAGUACAUGAGAGUGGCGGUUAGCCCACUCUCCCAAAAUCUUAACUCUUCGUUUUCGAUUUCAUCUUCCUUAAACUCUAUAUUCUCUCGCCGCCAUUUUUGUGAGGAGGUCCGAGGUUCUUUCCUCGACAAGUCCGAGGUCGCCGAUCGUGUUAUUAACGUCGUCAAAAACUUCCAGAAAGUCGAUCCUUGCAAGGUCACCCCCAAAGCACACUUUCAGAAUGAUCUUGGCCUUGACAGCUUGGAUUCUGUUGAAAUUGUGAUGGCACUUGAAGAAGAAUUCCGGUUUGAGAUCCCAGACAAUGAAGCUGACAAGAUCAACUCCAUCGAAAUGGCAGUGAAUUUCAUUGCAUCUCAUCCUCAAGCAAAAUAGAUGGCCAGUUUGAGAUCUCCCAUUUGCUUUGCAAUCUGAAUUUCAUGGAUUUUGCCUUAGAAUUUAACUUAGGGCUGGUCUUUUUCCUCUUUAGACUCAACUUCAUGUGCUUGUCAUUAUUCCCUCAAAUUCAGAGGCGGUCUUUUCUCCUCAUAUCCAGAUUACAUAAUAUCUGCAUUUUAUUAUGCUCGUGAUUUUCGUCCGUAGAGACCAUUUUUUUCAAAGGUGGUGUUACAACAGUAUCAUUCUGCCUGAGUUUACAAUAAUUACUGUAUAUUUCGAGCACGAAAUGACCCUGUAUUCAUUUAUGCCAGUAUUUGUGUUUCA